CCAUGGCUAAGAUUCAGAUUUCAAGCUUGUCAUUUAAACGAUGGGGUAGAAAAUACCCAUUUAUCAGAUAUGGGCUUCCAAUGGUCUCACUCACGGUGUUUGGGGCCAUUGGUCUUGGUCAUCUCUUACAAGGCAGGAUUACGGCUCCGUCUCGUGCAUGAUAUGCGGCAACGGCUUGAGAUUUGCAACAACAGCUUGAGAUUUUUCAGUUUGCAACGGCUUGAGAUUUGCAAUAGCGGAAGCUUGAUUUUCGGUGGCCUCAUUAUGAUCUUCUGCUUUGUAUGCUCCAGUAAGUGGCAUUGUGGAAUUUUUGGUUUAGAUCCUUUGUGUAUGGAUCUAAAGUACGCCCUGUUCAGUAAGGAUAUUGCAAAGGUGAAGGAUGAUCAAGAAUGGGAGAUCACUGAGACAAGAAAAGCACUGUCUAGAACAGGACCCAUAGAAGCAUAUAAACCAAGAAAAAUCUCAUUGGAGGAAGAGCUAAAGGCUUUGCAAGAGAAGGUGGACAUAAACAACUAUGAGUACAAGCGAAUUCCUAAACCAAAUGACGGAAAGUGAGGCAAGUUUUUUCUCUCUGCCUGCUGGAUAAUCUCAGCCUUCGGAAUUUCAAUUUUUUAUUUUGGUUAGCAGAACACUACCUAUUUCCUGGAUUCACGGGUGAUGACCUCCUUCCCCACCCCGUGGCUGUUCAAAAUUGUAUAAUUUUUAUACUUCAAUAAAUUGCGCUUGCGGCUAUAAACGUGAA